AUGGCCUCAUUCAAUUGGGAUUUCUCUGGAUCUCGCGGUUUCUCACAACUUGUUCUUCUUUUGUUGAUAUCUUUUGUAACCGCCUCAGUCAUUCCUGUUUCGAAUUUGAAUGUGGAAAGGCAACUGUACAAGAAAGACGACAAGCCGUUCCAGCUUAGAAUCUUGCCACUUGGUGCUUCUCUUACCUAUGGAUAUCUCUCUGAGAGCGGAAAUGGCUAUCGCAAACCUCUUCGAGAUCAGCUCAGGUUUGAUGGCUGGGAGGUGGACAUGGUUGGAACCAAAGCCCAUGGAAACAUGAAGGAUAAUGAAUGCGAAGCCCAUUCCGGCGACACCAUUGAUACGAUCAAAGAGGCAGCACAGAAGUCUCUGCCGUACAAACCAAAUGUCGUUCUCAUCAAUGCUGGAACAAACGAUUGCAGAUUGGAAAUCAAAAUUCCCGAGACUGGGGAUCGCUUGCGAUCCCUGAUCAACACCAUCAUUAACGCCGAUGGAAUGGAGAAAACAACCAUUGUUCUGUCUACUCUGAUUCCGUCUGAGGAGAAAAAUACGAAAAUUCACCGCAUUCCGGUUAAUGAGCAAAUCCGUGACCUUGUCAAAUCUAUGCGUGAUGACGGUGUCAAUAUUGUUCUGGCGGACAUGGAUCCUCCUGCGCCUGCUGGUGCCAAUGGGUGGCUCACAUUUCCUGAUGGCUUUGACCACGACGGAACGGUCGAUGAUACUCAUCCUAACGACUAUGGCUACAGUAAGAUGUCUCGCAUCUGGUACAAUGCCAUCAACGUGGCCCAUAAGCAGGAUCUCAUUGAAGGACCUGGGGUGAUGUCUACGUCUAAUACUUGUGACAAAGAGUAUGGCGAUGGUAUCUACGGUGGUCUUACACAGAAGGGUAGUGGCGAAGACGAUGGAAUCUACUAUCAUUCUAGUGAAUCCAAGGGUGUCAUCUUGGAGUACGAGAUUGACAAUGAUGAUCCCGGAUAUACGGGUUUCAUGGGUUUGUUUCGCAAUGAUCGUGAUGAUAUGAUAAGAGCGAAAGAGGUAAAUGAAGUGUGGUUACAUACAGUGUGGAGGAACACUGGAUCGGACAAUCCUCGAUUUAAGCAGAUGGACGGUUAUCUCGAUUUUGAGGACGGUUGUCACCCUCGUGGAAUACGCUGGAUUGAUGGCCGAGCGGACUGGGUGUGGGUCGAUGAUGACGGAGCUGUCACAACAUGGACAAAUUCUCGAAGUUGCAUCAAAGGAAAAGAGGGUGACGGUCUCAAUGUUGUCUGGCGUCAAGGCUUUCAAAAAGGACACAGUUCGGGGCCGACCCACAGCGGUAUGACUGGCUUUGACAAGGAUCAAGUCUCUCGAGAUAGGAUUCAAUUUGCAAGAGUAUACGCAACCUCGCAGGACUUUGGCCUGCAUAGUCGUGCGGAUUAUUUGUUCACCGAGGCAGACGUGGGAAAGAAAACGACUACAAUUAAGUGGCACGCAUUCAAGAACACUGGAAGUGGAGCCACCAAGAUCAAAUCCGAUGGCAAUCGUUAUUGUAACAUGAUGGGACACGACAACGGUAUGAUGGACUAUGUCUGGAUUCUAUCCAAGGGUAGUAUGCAUAUAUACCCAAACAAAGGUCUCAGCAGCGCGCCUGACGAUGGCACAAGUUUCUGGGGGCCCAAUAAGGACAUAUUCGAUCCCCACACCACCGGACCCAAAAAGGACCUGAGCCGCCGAGAUCUUCAUCUCGUCGAUUGGGAUGGAGAUGGAGCCUGCGACAUUGUCUGGACAGACCCGGAUAACAAAAACCGUGUCAGUUUAUGGAUCAAUAAGAUCAAAGACACUGGAGACUUCAAUUGGGAGUACCAUUCAGACCCAGCUUCGGAGCUUUACUGUCCCGAAAAACGUGGAAUGGGCCAAUUCGAUAACCCGGUUCAUAUGGCCGAUGUCUCGGGAAGUGGAAGAGCUGAUUACCUUUGCGUUGAAAAGGAUGGUCGGUCUUGGGGAUGGACUCAAUCUGAAACCGGGUCUUGGGAGUAUAUUGAUCAGUUCAAGUUCGCCGAGGGAAUGGAUCGUGCCAAUCUUCACUGGGCAGACGUCAAUGGAGACGGAAAAGCAGACAUGAUUCACACCGACAAGUUCAAUGGAGAUGGCUCGGUCUGGUAUAACAAAGGCCGAAAGGACAUUGGAGGGUCCCGCUACUGGUGGGAUCCUGUGGGCAAUAAGUUUCAAGGUGCUGUUGAGGGCUCUUGUACUUAUUUCCCAGACUUGGAUGGAAAUGGCCGCGCUGAUAUGCACUCAAUAAUCCACUCAAUUGACAACACUGCGAAAACAUGGUUCAGUCGGUGUGGUCGCGCGGACAAGACGGGCGAUGAUGGACCCAUCGAGCACCCAGAUCUUCCUGUUAUUCCUGACGCAGGCAACAUUUACAACCCCAAAUUGACUUGGGGAGGCACAGGGAAUUCUGUGUGCAGCGCGAGUCAAAAGCCACUUAUCUUAACGGAGUACCGAGGCGCACUUCAACUAGCUGCAGCGGCUGAGAACAAUCCAACGGGUUAUGGUUAUUACCAAGACUUUUUCUCUCCAGGUGUCAGAAACAAACCAGAUUUUUUGCAGGGUGUAUCUCAUGUCUACAAUAGGAUUGGCUUCAUGCUAGAUGGCACUGCUGCCGGGUUUCAAUAUGUGAUCACUUGUGACGACACAACAGAAAAUUGCAAGCGUGGGGAUCUCGCAUAUAUGAACGCAGGCAAAAAAGUGAUGAAUAUCUGCAGUGGAUUUUUCAACAACCCUGAUAUCACCCCCACGGGUCAAAAAAUGACAAAUCGACCGGCCGACAUUAGGGAGGCGCAUCAUGUUCGAGGAGCCAUUUUGCUGCAUGAGAUGACUCACUCCAAAUAUGCAAUGAGUGCAUUUGGGGGUGCUAAGGCCUGGGAUUAUGCGUACGGAGCAGAAAGUUGCUUACAGCUUGCUGCAGAUACUUUCAAUAGAGGGUGCCAGAAGUAUGCAAACAAUAAUGGGGGAGUACUGUGUCCAGACCCAAGCAAUCCCAAGACUGAUGGAAAAUGUGACCCAGAUUUUUCGUUGAAAAACUCUGAUACAUGGGCCUUGGUUGCUGCUGGGAUUUUCUUCAGUGACUUAUGGGGUGCCAAGAUCCCUCUCGCGUCUCCUAGCCCUCCUGCAUUGACUACUGAUUGCGUACCGAAUGAUGACAUUAUGUUCGACAGUGGAAGUGGAUAUGAGAUUGCGGAUAUGGUUUCAUUCGGAGACUCCUUUGCCGCAGGCAUGGGUACUGAUUCUACGUCUACCGAUAGCUGCCGGGUCGGUGGUAAUAACUAUGGCGGUCUGAUUCAAAAGCAUUAUUCAGGAGCAGGGGACCCGGUGUCGAUCGAGAAAAGGGUCUGCUCAGGUGAUACCACAUCCGGUCUUGAGAAACAAAUCGAGGACUGGUCUAGUACCGGCUCUGCUAACCUGGCAACAUUGACUAUGGGAGGAAACGACCUUGCGUUCGCUGACAUUGCGUGGAAUUGUCUCUUGACACCAAAUACUGCCCGUUGGGCAUCAACUUAUCGGCAGUGGUGUAUAGAGUCCGAGGAUAAAGCCCGCAAAUUGAUGAACGAUGACGGGGAGGAUGGCCUACGCCACAAGCUCAAAACUUUGUAUAAAAGCAUCAUUGCCAAGGCCUACCUGCCUGAUACAAAGCUCUUUAUCACCGGUUACACAGGUUUCUUCAACCAAGAUACCACUGACUGCGCCGACAGCAGCUUCCAUUACCUCUGGGGUGGCUACAAACCCCCAUCUGACUGGUUCCUCAACCGAAUUGUUUACCUCACGACAGAUCUACGCACAGAGCUCAAUACCCUUGUCACUCAGUUGAACAAUGUGAUUGAAGAUGCUGUCAGGGACGCCAAUUCGGAGUUGGCGACAGCAAGUGUCUACUAUGUCGAUGUUCAACAGAAAUUCGACACACACCGCUGGUGUGAACAAGGAAUUCAUGAGCCCGACGCCAAAGCUCCGAAUACCUAUUUCUUUUUGAGUGCAUGGAAUGAUAUUCCUCUGGGCAAAGAUGAGGUGGCGGCGUCUGAUUCUGAUGACUCCGAUGACGUCUCAUUCUUGCAGCAAACAGGAAUUAUUCUCCCAGACGCGUCGAACUGCAAAGAGACACUGGGAGAAAACCCAGAUCCAUAUCAAAAUUGGCUGUGUCUUGCUGCGAGGGAUAUUGCGGAUGAACCAAAUGGAACCCUGGCUUGGUCCUACGGCAAUGCAACUCAGGCUCUCAAAGAUGGAGAUUUUAACAGUCAAGAGAUCAGUUACUGGUCCCCUACUCGACAAAUCAAGGCGUUCCAUCCACGCAGUCCUGGAAUGGCUCUCUAUCGUGAUGCUAUAUUGGAGAAGAUUGAAUCUUCGUUUGACAAGUGA